ACGCUACCUAAAAAUCGGACAAUUGUAAUAAACUAAAUGCAUCUGAAUGGAUGAAAAUACUAAUGUUACGCCGCAGCCAAGACGUCGUUUGGGAUUAAGAUUAAUAAGAAAAGCCAAUACUACGCCAGGGCUUCGUCAACAAAUAAAACAACCGGCUGCAACACCACAAUCCAAAGAGGAAAAGUCCUCUGACGCUAUUGCAACUCCACGUGCUCUGCCUCUACAGCUGAAGGCAAACUCAACAAUCUGUCGACGUCCUGGCUUGGCACGUAAGCGCAAAGAUUUGACUAAGAAGAGACUGGAAUUCGCAGCUACUGAGAAGCUAGAGGAGAGGCCUAAGACACCAGAGCAGGAGUCGUCGACAGAAAGUACAAAGCCCCAGCUUAACACAUGGAGAGAGCGUGAAAUAAUUGAGCUGGAAGCCGAUAUAGAUAUAUGGAGAAAUGGCUUCAUUGCUGCAAUGGAUGAUUUACAGAAGUUGGUGCAGCCUAGAGUAACCAAACAAUCUUUGCUCGCCCAAUUAGGCAUACCUCUAGAAAUGCUUAAGUACUUAGAUGAAGACUGAUACACUAAAUGAAAUACAAUUAG